AUGCUGAACACAAUAAAAACAUGCUUGAAGAAUAACGUUCAAAAACAGAAUAGAAUAAUACAAUUGAAUAAAACUGAAAAUAAAAAGCCAAUUUUAAAAACUUUGCCAGUUUUCCAGUAUCCUAUAAGUAAUGAAAGAGAUCACAGAGUAUAUGUAUGGGGUAUAGCAGAUCAUGGUGCUCUUGGAACAUUGAAAUCAACUGCAUACCUAGAUGGUAUUUCAUUUAUUCCAAGGCCUAAAAGGUUAGCUUUUGGAGAAAAACAUGAUGUGACAGAUAUAGCUUGUGGUUAUGGUUUUACUGCUUUUGCUAUAAGAUCCAAAGAUAAAAAUAUUCUAUAUGGAAGUGGAAUAAAUACAGAUUCUCAGCUUGGUUUUGGUGAAGAAGAUAAGAAAUUUACCAAUGGCUUAAUAAUUGAACCAAGACCUAUAAAUUUACCUAUUAAAGACUUUUCUACAAAAGUCAUUGGUAUAGCAGCUGGAAGAGCACACUUAUUGGUAUUAACAAAUGAAGGAUUAUUCACAUUAGGGAAUAAUGCAUAUGGACAAUGUGGUCGUCCUAUAAUAUUAAAUGAAGAUUAUAGAAAUAGCAGAGUUGUUCAUUAUAUACCUGAUGUUAAAGGGAAAAAAAUUAAAGCUAUAACAGCUGGACAAGAUCAUAGCAUACUCUUGACAGAAUCUGGUGAAGUAUACACAUUUGGCUGGGGAGCAGAUGGACAAACAGGAUUGGCACAUUACAGAAAUGAAUUUAGACCAAGUUUAGUUAAAGGAGAUCUGGCUGGACAGCAUAUUAUUAAAGUUGCAAGCGUUGCAGAUUGUGUAUUAGCUCUCAGCGAUAAAGGAAAAGUAUUUGGUUGGGGCAACUCUGAAUACGGACAACUACUUGUAGAGGGUGAUACUCAACAAAUAAAUAUAGCUACAGAAAUAAGUACAUUAGAAAAAUUGGGUCAUAUUGAGGACAUUGCCUGUGGUGGUUGUUUUUGUAUGGUUUUGAACAAUGCAGGUGACGUUUAUGUGUGGGGUUAUGGUAUUCUUGGUUUUGGUCCUGAUGUUAAAAAAGUUUUACAACCAACCAUAAUUCCAUCUGUGCUUUUUGGAAAUAAUGCAUAUCAAAAGAAUACAAAAGUAGUUAAAAUAUUUUGUGGUUUGAGUCAUCUUACAGCUAUAACCAAUACAGGAGAUUUAUAUACGUGGGGUUGUAACAAAUUUGGAUCUUUAGGAUUAGGAGAUUCUAAGGAUCAGUACUUUCCACUGAAGGUAAAUCUAGGAGGUCAAGUGAAAAAAGUUGCUUGUGGAGUUGAUCAUACAGUUGCUCUUUGUAAACCUUUUAUUUGA